AAUUCUAUCACUCUAUACAUAAAAUCACACCCCACCCCCACACACAAUUUAUAUAAUUGUAUGUGUAACACUUAUAUCGUUAUAGUUUAAUGCGAUCAGCCCUGAUUUAGUUAAUAAUAACGGUGAUCCUGAUCACCACUUUGAUUUGCUAACAUGGCAGACGGUUCACAGCAUCCGUCUGUAUAUCAAAAGAUACAAAGAGAAUCUUACCUCUUCUCUCAAAUUUCUCCACACAUGCACUCAAGGAAUGCUGGUUUACCCAAUUUGUCUGGUAGAUAUGUCAACGGAGGUCUGCAAAGCCAUUUCUUUCCAUCAUACCUAGGAUCUGGGCUGGAAACCGUAUCGCCGAUAUUUCCUUUUAUGAUUCCUGCUCCAAUUGAAAAGGAUAAAGGCUUUUCCAGUUUUAUGGUGGAUUUCCUCAUGGGAGGGGUUUCUGCUGCUGUCUCUAAGACAGCUGCUGCCCCAAUAGAGAGAGUUAAGCUCUUGAUUCAGAACCAGGAUGAAAUGAUCAAAUCAGGUCGGUUGUCUGAACCAUACAAAGGGAUUGGGGAUUGCUUUGCCCGAACAAUGAAGGAUGAAGGAAUGAUUGCUCUCUGGAGAGGCAACACUGCAAAUGUUAUCAGAUACUUUCCCACCCAGGCUUUAAACUUUGCUUUCAAAGACUACUUCAAGAGGCUUUUUAACUUCAAGAAAGACAGGGAUGGCUACUGGAAGUGGUUUGCAGGAAACUUGGCAUCCGGUGGUGCUGCUGGUGCAUCGUCUCUUCUGUUUGUCUACUCCCUUGAUUAUGCUAGAACACGGUUGGCAAAUGAUGCUAAGGCUGCUAAAAAGGGUGGUGAAAGACAAUUUAAUGGUUUGAUUGAUGUUUACAAGAAAACACUCAAAUCUGAUGGUCUUCCUGGGCUUUACCGUGGAUUUAGUGUCUCAUGUGUUGGAAUUAUUGUCUACCGUGGGCUCUACUUUGGAUUGUAUGACUCGUUGAAACCUGUAGUUCUGGUUGGUUCAUUGCAGGAUAAUUUCUUUGCUAGUUUCUUGCUGGGAUGGGGUAUCACCAUUGGUGCCGGGUUGGCCUCUUACCCAAUUGAUACCGUGCGUAGAAGAAUGAUGAUGACCUCAGGAGAGGCCGUCAAAUAUAAGAGCUCAAUGGAUGCGUUUUCCCAGAUCAUCAAGAAGGAAGGGACUAAAUCACUCUUCAAGGGUGCUGGAGCCAACAUACUGCGUGCUGUUGCUGGGGCUGGUGUACUUGCUGGUUACGACAAAUUACAGGUUCUUAUGUUUGGCAAGAAAUACGGCUCUGGUGGUGGUGGUUAAUUAUCUUGUUUCUGAUGAUGACGAAACACAUAUGUUGAAUAGUUACGGGUGCCUUUGGCAUGUUAUCGUAGCUGCAAAUCCAAUAUCAGUUUACUAGACGCAUGCUUUAAUAUUGGGAAAUUUGAUUGCUGUUAUGUGAGGAUUAUGUUUUAAGGCUAUAAAACUUUGUGGACUUCAUUGAACGAAUAAUUGGUAGAUAUUUGUAUAUUAUGUUGUGAUUGGUAUAUUAA